AAAACUGUCUUAACAUUUCCCGCCAAACACAAAACAACAGGGACGAUAUUUCAGAUGCAAAAAUGCAAUAUUUUGAUUAGGAAGCAAAAGAUAAAAUGGUCUUACAGAACAGUGGGAGAUUUAAGGCCGAUCGAUCGGAUAAGACCGAAAGAUAUGGUACCAAUCGAGAAGAUUCUUCUGAAAAGAGAUUACAGCGAGCGACCCUGAACGAUGAAACUGAUACAAAGUUUGGAUUUGAAAGAUACAAGGAUCCGGUGGAGAGGACAGGAUGGCUUAUCAACAUGCAUCCGGCAGACAUUUUGGAUGAAAACAAGAGACUCAUUAGUGCUGUGGACUACUAUUUCUUGGAAGAAGAUGGUGGACGAUUUAAGGCAACCUUGCCAUUUCGCCCCUACUUUUUCGUGGCCACCAAGAAGGAGUUUGAGCGAGAAGUGGCGUCAUUCCUCACCAAGAAGUUUUCUGGAAAAGUUACCUCAGUGGAAACGGUGUAUAAAGAGGAUUUAGAUCUGGCCAAUCAUCUAGUGGGCUUGAAGAGAACCUACCUCAAGCUGUCCUUCCUCUCUGUGGAGGACUUGACCAAGGUCAAGCGGGAGAUCAACCCCGCCGUCACAAAGAAUAAGGAGCGCGAGAAGUCCAGCGAAGCCUACACAGCCAUGUUCUCCAGCUACUUGACUGGCGACAACAAUGCCGCCAAUUCCAAAAAGAUGGUUGACCAGAUGGACAACUUGCUGGACAUCAGAGAAUACGAUGUACCAUACCACGUGAGGGUGUCAAUCGACCUGAAGAUAAAUGUAGGUCACUGGUACUCGGUCCGUGGGCGUGGCUCUCUACCUGUGGAGAUUCGACCUCGAGAAGACUUGGUGGACAGGCCGGAUCCUGUCAUCAUGGCGUUUGACAUUGAGACGACUAAACUCCCACUCAAGUUUCCCGACUCUGCCACCGACCAGGUGAUGAUGAUAUCCUACAUGAUUGACGGCCAGGGUUACCUAAUUACUAAUAGAGAGAUCGUCGCCCAGGAUGUCGAGGACUUUGAGUACACACCACGGCCAGAGUUUGAGGGUCCUUUCAUCAUAUUUAACGAACCUGAUGAGAUGACCUUGCUGCGGCGAUUUUUUGACCACAUACUGGACGUGAGACCACACAUCUUUGUGACUUACAAUGGAGACAUGUUUGAUUGGCCAUUUGUGGAAUCGAGAGCUGCUCUCCAUGGAUUGGACAUGUCGCAGGAAAUAGGCUUCCAGAAGGAUAUCCAAGGAGAAUACAAGUCUCGACCAUCUAUACACAUGGACUGUCUACGCUGGGUAAAACGAGACAGUUACCUUCCUGUAGGUAGUCAAGGCCUAAAAGCUGUUGCCAAGGCCAAGCUGAGGUACAACCCAGUAGAAAUGGAUCCUGAGGAUAUGUGUCGUAUGGCUAGUGAGGAACCACAGGUGCUCUCUAACUACUCCGUGUCCGACGCUGUAGCUACCUACUACCUGUACAUGAAGUAUGUCCACCCGUUCAUAUUUGCCCUGUGUACGAUCAUCCCUAUGGAGCCAGACGAGGUGCUAAGGAAGGGAUCCGGAACGCUGUGUGAGGCCCUUCUCAUGGUCCAGGCCUAUCAUGCCAACAUCGUAUUCCCCAAUAAACAGAUAGCUGUAUUCAACAAGCUCACGGAGGACGGACAUGUACUGGACUCUGAGACAUAUGUAGGAGGUCACGUAGAGGCACUGGAGUCCGGAGUGUUCAGAGCCGACCUUCCCUGCAGGUUUAGAAUGGUGCCGGAAGCGUUCCAAAACCUCAUAGAUAAGGUGCACAAGACCAUGAAGCAUGCUAUCGAAGAGGAGGAAAAAAUUCCCAUGGAUACAGUGACGAACUUAGACGAGGUCUGCACGGACAUCAUUGAACGUCUGGCCAUGCUGCGGGACUGUCCGAACCGCCUGGAAAACCCCAUCAUUUAUCAUCUGGAUGUGGCGGCCAUGUACCCAAACAUCAUUCUCACCAACAGACUACAGCCUCCAGCAAUUGUAGACGAGGCAACGUGUGCUGCGUGUGACUUUAACAAGCCCGGUGCUGUGUGUCAGCGUCACAUGACAUGGAUGUGGAGAGGAGAAACAAUGCCUGCCUCACGCAGCGAGUUCCACCGGAUACAACAACAGUUGGAGAAUGAAAAGUUCCCGCCAUUUGCCCCUGGAGGGGAACCCCGGGCAUUUCACCAGCUCAACCGUGAGGAGCAGGCAACCAUAGAGAAAAAACGAUUGGCUGACUACUGUAAAAAGGCCUAUAAAAAGGUCCAUUCUACGAAGAUGGAGGAGAGAACCGCCACAAUUUGUCAGAGAGAAAACUCUUUUUACGUCGACACUGUCAGGGAUUUCCGAGACAGACGUUAUGAAUUUAAAGGGCUUGUGAAGGUGUGGAAGAGGAAAUUAGCAGAGGCUGAGGAAUUGAAAGAUGCAGCUGAAAUAAAACGUGCCAACGGUAUGGUGGUCCUUUACGACUCGCUCCAACUCGCCCACAAGUGUAUUCUGAACUCUUUCUACGGUUAUGUGAUGAGAAAAGGAGCUCGUUGGUACAGUAUGGAGAUGGCCGGAGUUGUGUGUUACACUGGGGCUCACAUCAUCACCAAAGCGAAGGAAAUCGUCGAACAGAUCGGGCGCCCUCUGGAGCUAGACACAGAUGGUAUUUGGUGUGUUUUACCCGCAACUUUCCCUGAAAACUAUGUCCUCAAGACUACAAACCCGAAGAAAGCAAAAGUGACCGUCUCCUACCCAGGGGCAAUGCUCAAUAUCAUGGUCAAGGAAUUCUUCACCAACGACCAGUAUGAGGAGUUAGUAGACCCUAACAAGCUCCAGUACUCAUUACGCAGUGAGAACUCCAUCUUCUUCGAGGUGGACGGUCCAUAUCUCGCUAUGAUUCUCCCCGCGUCUAAGGAGGAAGGCAAAAAGCUCAAGAAGAGAUACGCUGUCUUCAACUUUGAUGGUUCUCUUGCUGAGCUAAAGGGAUUUGAGGUAAAAAGGAACGGUGAGUUGGAGCUGAUCAAGAUCUUCCAGUCGUCAGUGUUUGAGGCGUUCCUGAAGGGUGAUACACUGGAGGAGUGUUACGCAGCAGUCGCCAAGGUGGCCGACUACUGGCUAGACGUCCUCUUCAGCAAGGCUGCCAAUAUGCCAGACUCUGAACUCUUUGAGUUGAUCGCCGAAAAAAAGAGAAUGUCUAGAACUCUGGAGGAUUAUGGUUCCCAGAAGUCCAUGUCCAUCAGCACAGCGAGGCGAUUGGCCGAGUUUCUCGGUGACCAGAUGGUGAAGGAUGCAGGUGUAAGUUGUAACUACGUCAUCUCCAAGAAGCCAGACGGUGCCCCUGUUACUGAAAGGGCUAUACCACUGGCAAUCUUUCAAGCAGAGCCAAGUGUACGGAAACAUUACCUGAGAAAAUGGCUGAAGUCUCCCGCAACCAAUGAAUUUGAAAUUCGAGAGAUCCUUGACUGGGAGUACUACGUAGAAAGACUCGGUGGAUCUGUUAUGAAGAUCAUCACCAUUCCAGCAGCAUUACAAUUGGUAGCCAAUCCAGUUCCUCGAAUCCGCCACCCUGACUGGCUUCACAAGAAGUUACUGGAGCGUAAUGAUGUGUUCAAACAGAAAAAAAUCAGCGAGAUAUUUGCACCCACUCAGCGACAGAAACUCCAGCAAUCUUCUGAGGAACUGUUUCCUGACAGUGAACAGCAGAGGUCAACGGUAGACAUUGAGGAUAUCGGGGGUCGGUCUCGAGGCAAAACUGGAUUGGGGAUGGCCAUAGCUCACAAACGGAAACGAACAAGCCUGGACAACACCGACACCAGUCAGAACGAGUCUCAGUUACUGGAGAGCUCGCAAACGUGGCGGGAAAUGCUGGGACCGGCGCCACCUAUGGGUAAAACAAAGGAGGAGCGUGCAGUCUGGCUGGAGUACCACAAGAAGAAAUGGGAGCUUCAGGCGAAGGACCGACAGGAUCGGAAACGGCGCAGGGUCGACUUUGGUGAUGCUCCCUCGGGCCGAGCGGUCAGUAGCCGGACUGGACUUGGAGGAUUCCUGCGCCGGACGGCUCGCAGUAUCAUGGACAUGCCUUGGCAGAUAGUACAGCUGAUGGAGACAAGCUACCCCGGUCAAUACAAGCUGUGGGCUCUCAUCGGGAGUGACCUCCAUGCCAUGAAACUCAACGUACCUCGCAUCUUCUACGUCAACCAGAAAUCACCGAAGGAGGGCGAGGGAGCAUUGUGGAAGAAGGUGAUUAAGACGUUACCACGGUCCCACCCUGUGUUCAACCUUUACGAGUACAACGUACCGGAGGACGUCUACCAGGAGCAUAUCAAUGAGAUCAGUGCUGACUUAUCAUCCCCCGACAUUGAGGGUGUGUACGAGACACAAGUUCCUUUGGAGUUCCGUGCACUUGUCCGGGUGGGAUGUGUCGCCACCGUCAACCGUGACUUCGCCAAGUACAUGUCUGGCAGGGAGACCGACACGUUUGACAUGGAGAACCUUGACUUUCGGACACUGGCCCAGUUUACUUACUUGGAGCCUGGCGCCAUUAAACACCUGUACCUGUACCAUCACAUCUGCGGGACCAAGUCUAUAUUUGGGCUGUUUUUCCCAAUGUCCAAGAAGGCCACAGUUUUUGUAGUGGACACUGUCCGAAGUGACCAGAUGCCCAACCUCUCGGCUCUCUACAACGGAGAGCGCAAUGGAAAGGUAUCAAAGGGUGCCGCUGAAGAGAUGUUACCGCCCUCCCAUCACACAUUUGACAUCAAACUGGAGAAGGAUGUUCGCCAGGUCCACCGAACCAUCCAGAGGAUACUGUCCGCCUACAAGGACGAGAAACGAGGACCGACAUUUAUAGCUGUCCAAUCACCACAUGAUUUCCAACACCUGACUUCAAGCAUGCCAGGUCUCCAAGACUUCCCUCUAGUACCUGUACACAUCUCAGACAGUGAUACCCUAUAUAAUGUGUUAGACUGGCAGAGAGUCGGGAGUCGACGGAUGUUACAGCACUACCUCAACGUCGACAUCAUCCUCCAUGCGAUGGUAGAGCAGUGCCGUUACCUCCACAUACCCGUGGGCAACAUGCCACGUGACAUCACACUGUAUGGCUGCGACUUGUUCCUGGCCCGCCACCUCCACAAACACAACCACAUCCUGUGGUGUUCUACAACUGAGCGACCAGACCUCGGGGGCAAGGAGGCAGAUGACAGCAGGCUGUGUAUGGAACUAGAGGAGAAUAGCAGUGUAGAAUUGAACCAACCGGGUACCUUCCCCAGUGUAUGUGUGGAGCUAGACAUCGCCAGUCUGGCUGUCAACACCAUUAUAGAGUCAUCCCACGUAAAUGACCAGGAGGGAGCGAGUGCUGCGAGUUUCGACACAAUGCCGCAGUCGUCGUUGGAGGACAUGGUCCAGGGACAAGGUGCUGCCACCUAUCUGGCCAGCUACGACGAGACCGCACUGUGCUCAACCACGUUCCGUAUCCUAAAGAGUAUGGUACAGGGCUGGGUCAAGGACGUGACGAUGUACGGAAAUGUGUUCGCAGACAACCAGAUCAUACACUUCUACAGGUGGCUGCGAUCCACCGGAGCUCAGCUCUACGAUCCAGCACUGAGAAGGACUCUGCACAACAUGAUGAAAAAAGUCUUCAUGCAGUUGAUAGCAGAAUUCAAACGCCUUGGAUCAACGAUAGUGUACGCCAACUUUAAUCGAAUUGUUCUGUGUACAAAGAAGCGCCGCCUGGUGGAUGCUCUAUCCUACGUGGAGUAUAUCACCAACAGCAUAAAGUCCCGAGAGUUAUUCCACUUGGUUGAACUCUCCUAUGAGCAGUGCUGGGAGUACUCUAUUUGGUUGGAUCCAGCUAAUUACGGGGGAGUGAAGGGAAGACUGCCAUCGGCUGCAACGACGGACAGUUCCCAACCCGACCCCGACCGAGAGGCGGAACAAGAUAGUGAGGAUGAGGAGCCAAAACAGGCGGAGGAGGAGGAGCUUAAUAAGUCAGAUGAGGGGGAGGAGCCAGAGAUUGAGAUGAAUUGGAAUAUCAUGCAUUUCCUACCGGAAGCUGGAGCGUGUCAGACAAACUUUAAUAUGAUAGUGGCGGGUUACAUACUGUCGGUGUAUACGAACGUGAUGGAGGAACACCAGCGACUCACGCCAGGGAACACGCCGGUCAAACGUCGCCACAACUCCCAGUCACAGUCACAGCAGAAACCUCUGGAUACGAGUGCGACCCCGGCCACUGUGACAUUUUCUCAGGAACUGAUAGCUGGCGAACUUGCUCAGCAGAUGUUUGCUAUUACGCAGAAAAUUCAGAAGAAGCUGGCUGGAAACACAAACAAUGCUGCCAUAGAGUUCCCUCAGAGACCUGGCUCUCACCUGCUGCUGAAAAACCCGGCCCUGGAGUUCGUCAAGUGUGUCUGUCAGGUGUUGGCCUUGGACAGUAAUAUCACCCUACAGAUCUCCAAGCUGAAGCGAGACCUUCUCAAGCUGAUUGGAGUAGGCGAGUUCUCCAGUGAUGCCAAGUUCCUUGAUCCUUGUUUGUCCUAUGUCCUUCCGGAGGUCAUAUGCAAAUCGUGUAACCAUGUCCGUGACCUUGACCUCUGCAGAGAUCCCUACCUCAAUCACAAUGACUCCAAUGCGGCGUGGUCGUGUGUACAGUGUAAGGCAGCCUAUGACAUGACAGAGAUGGAACAGUGCCUCAUCGACUCCAUCAACCGCAAGUCAAUGGCUUAUGUACUGCAGGACCUGAAAUGUGUCAAAUGUCAGGGGGUGAAAGAGAGUAACAUGAUGAAGUACUGUAAGUGUGCCGGAGACUUUACAACCACAGCUGCACUUAAGGACUUCGAGAAGAGGCUCUGUACAUUCAGAGGCAUCGCCAGUCAUUAUAACAUGGUAGUACUGAUGGAGACAGUGGACUGGAUCAUCAAGAUGAACCCAAAUAUAGCCAGCUGAGGCGGCAAGGGAGAUAACACCUUUACUCAAAAACAUUGGUCUUCAAGGAAGAUAACUCAAAAAACAUGGGCUGAGGUGGCAAGGGAGAUAUCAUCUUUACUCAAAAAACAUGGUCUUCAAGGAAGAUAACUCAAAAAACAUGGGCUGAGGUGGCAAGGGAGAUAUCAUCUUUACUCAAAAAACAUGGUCUUCAAGGAAGAUAACUCAAAAAACAUGGGCUGAGGUGGCAAGGGAGAUAUCAUCUUUACUCAAAAAACAUGGUCUUCAAGGAAGAUAACUCAAAAAACAUGGGCUGAGGUGGCAAGGGAGAUAUCAUCUUUACUCAAAAAACAUGGUCUUCAAGGAAGAUAACUCAAAAAACAUGGGCUGAGGUGGCAAGGGAGAUAUCAUCUUUACUCAAAAAACAUGGUCUUCAAGGAAGAUAACUCAAAAAACAUGGGCUGAGGUGGCAAGGGAGAUACCAUCUUUACUCAAAAAACAUGGGUUGAGGUGACAAGGGAGAUAACAUCUUUACUCAAAAAACAUGGUCUUCAAGGACGAUAACUCAAAAAUCAGGGGCUGAGGUGACAAGAGAUAACAUCUUUACUCAAAAAACAUGGUCUUCAAAGACGAUAACUCAAAAAUCAGGGGCUGAGGUGACAAGGGAGAUAACAUCUUUACUCAAAAAACAUUGGUCUUCAAGGACGAUAACUCAAAAAUCAGGGGCUGAGGUGGCAAAAGAAACCACUUGGGAAACUGGGCCAAGUAGGCAAGGGAGAUAAUACCUUACUCGGAAAGCAUUUGACUUGAAGGAAGAUGAUUAAAAAGAACAUGGGCCAUGGUGGCAACUAACUUCGGAAAUCUUAACCCAUGCAAAGUGGGCUCUGUGGAGUGAUAAUUUCACUCAGGAAACCUUACUUGAGUAUUGCAGUCUAGCUUUCAAGGAAUAUAACUUCCCUUGAAAAACAGUUACCAGGGUAUAGCAAGUCGAGGAGGCAAGGGAGAUAACUUACAAAACAGAAGAUUUCACUCGGAAUUUUACUAUAGUGGUCUUGUGUUAGAAGUCAGUUUAGCUAAGAAAGUAUGAAUCCAAAAACAACCCAUUCCGAGACGAGAAUUCAGAUCUGCAUUCUGAGGAUAUUAAUCAAAUCUGUUACCUUUAACUGAGCAAGAUCAGCUUAUCUCGGUCGAGGGCUAAGAUUCUGCAACAUUUUUUUUCUCACACGUUUUAAUUCAAAAAUUUCAAUUCAAUUUCAUUCAAGUCUACAAGUAUCCAGUAUUGGGCUGCAAAUAAAUAUAACGGCAAAACAUAAUUAUUUUAUGCAGAUUGCCAAUUUCGAGCCGUUAGCACACGGAUGAAAACAUCACUUUGUGAAAAUUCAGCGAAAUGUCGUGUAAAGGUGCCAGAAAGAUAAAAUGAGGUAGAAAAAUCUAGCACAGGGUAUCCUGUGAGAUAUCCCUGUUUAAGGUGCAUGAUAAAUUAACCCUUUCACCACCUUAGACCAUAAUGGACCAAUCCGUAUAAAUGCAUGGCUGAGUCUACUAAAGUUACAUAGGGGUGAAAGGGUUAAGUGAUCCAGCCGGUUUAUUUGCUCAAAUGGGGGGGGGGAAUGUCAUGAUUAAAAGAUUAUACAAAUUUUAACUUAUUAAGGUGCAAUUAUAACCAUAAGAGUGAUGGUAUGGAUCUUUUGUGAAUCUUUUUUUUUUACAGAAUCAUGCUUUACUGAAAAGUAUGUUGAUUAAAAUACAAAUUGUCCUGAAUUUUUCAACAGCCAGCAAAAUCACUGUAAAUCCUAGAGGAUAGAUCGCAGUCUGUGGUUGACCUGCAUGCGAGUGAUUUCAGCUCUUGUAAAAUAUGUAAAAAUAAUCAUUUUCGUAACUUGUGAUACAUGUACAAUAUUGAUGUGCUUCCUUUGAUUUUCAAAAAAUAACAUAAAGGAAAUCAAAUUUUCUACACGGUUAAUUAACUCAUUCACCCCUACAUGUUAAAACUAGACUCGCCCAGUGUUUGAUUUGGUAAGGUACCAUCAUGACUUUAAGAGAUGAAUGAGUUGUAUGACGAUAGAAGUGCUGCUUAUUUUGUGUGUACAUGUAUGUAAAAUAAAUUAAUUUUAUAGAUUUAUGUAAAUUGAAUAAAAUGUUGACAAUUCAUAAGUAAAUGAAACACUGUGUUUGUGUAUACUGUAUAAAGUGUUUUAUCUACGCUUUCUAAGUCAUUUUCUAUCAAAUUCGGUAGUAUGUGGUUGUUUUGUAAAUUUUAUAGAUUUUAUAGAUUAAUGUAGAUUGGAAAAAAGUUCAUGAUUCGCAAUUAAGUAAAACACUCGUUUAAGUUGUUUCUGAAAAUUAGUGAGUUAUUCCUGUAUAAAAUUCAGGAAUUUAAUUUAUAUAGAUGGAAAAAAAGUUCAUGGUUAGCAAGUAAAUAAAAAACUUUAUCACAUAAUGUACUGUUAUCCAGUGAAUAUACCCAUGUCAUAUUUGUUUGCAUAUUAACCCUUGUAAUGUGACCUAUCAGCCCUGUGAUUGGAUCACGCCUAGGACAAGUACAUGACAUCACAGUCUUACUCAUUGUAGUAAAAAUGGCAGCUUUUUACAUUUCAAGGUUGCAUAAAAAUUGUCCUUUUACACGAAUAAAUGCCACAAAUCUUGAUUAUGUGAUAAAAAGGAUCUUGCACUCGUUUUCAUUUCAUAUGAAAUGGAAACUCAUGUAAGAUCCUAUAUGUAUUAUAUAAGUUGUUUCUGAAAAUUAGUGAGUUAUUCCUGUGUGAAAUUCAUUAAUUCACACAAAUUCAAAUUGAAAAUAAAUGAGUUUUUGAAUCUGUUGGUAGUAUUGUAUAUAUUGUGAUAAAUAUACUUUAACAGAGCUUUCUCAUUACAGAUGUUUUAACUCGUUCACCCCUGAAAUUUCAUGAUGAUACUCUUCCAAUCAAAGGUUGGAAUAAUUCAUCAUGAAAUUUCAGGGGUGAAUGGGUCAAUAGGUAUAGAAAAUAUUCCAUGUCUUUAUAAUGAAAACUCAGUUAUUACAGGGAUCAUUUUGCCUAGUUUUACAGGUGAAUACAGGCUGCUAAAAAGUGCUUCUUUUUCUCAAUUCAUGAAGGGUAGUUGUAAAAUUCAGAUAGAAAAAUUACUGGAUGAACAAUUCUGAGAUUUUUUAAUGUGUACCAAGCAUUAGAGAAAGUUGAAAAAAUCCUUCUCUGCUCAAGUUGGUUUAUGAUGGGGUUUGUGAAAAAUUCAUUAUAUUUUUGGAAGAAAAUAUUAGGUUGGGCUGGUAAAACUUCAAAAUCAACCUCUAGGCUAGUAAUUUAUAUAAAAUUGUACACCCCAGUAGUGAAAAAUUUCAAUAUUUACUAAGAUAUCAGGUUGGCUCGUAGAACUUUUGAAAUCAACCUGUUGCUAGUAAUCUAUAUAUUGUGAACCCUAGUUUGGAGAUUCUAUAAAAACAGCGGCCUGAUCAGGCAGAUUCCUUGAUUAAUACAUGAUGGUAUUUGAGCUGUGAUAACAACUGGUUCCUGUCUUGAACUCAUUCACCCCUGAAAUUUCAUAAUGAACUAUUCCAAACUUUGAAUUGGAAGAGUUCAAAUGUGUCUUCAGGGGUGAAUGAGUUAAGUUGAGAACUCAAGUUGAAGUGUGAAAUACUACUUCAAAAUAUAUGUAUUUCUGCCCUUUUUCCCCUUACAUAAAAAGGUGAAUUCAAAAGGGGGAUAUUGUGUGAUUUGACAUAUUUAAUUAUGUACUUUUAAAACACUGGAGAGCCAAAUUAAAUCCUGGAUGAGUUGGUUUUAAAACUUAGAGCAAAAACAAUUGGCAAGGUAGAAAUAAAUAGUGAACAGAUUUUAUUUUAGUUACUUCUGUUAAUAUUUUCCUUUUGAAAUCAUGAUUUCUAGCUCUACAGCAUUUGUUUAUUUCAUAGCUAAUUACUCUGUGGUGUAAUUUUACCAAGGGGUUCAGCAAAUUUCUGCACAUGAAAACAAUGAGAUAUGAGGAUUUUUUUCUGAUACAUUGUACUUUCAAUUUUAUACAAAAAAAUACAAAUAAAAACCAAAAAAUACAAAG